AUGCCUGAAGAAAGAUCUCAUGAAGAUGUUAGACCAUUAAAUGGAGCUCAGACGCUUAUAUUAAUUAUUUUGUGUUUUGUGUUCCCACCAUUACCUGUGUUCUUGUUAAAGGAGAAUUCGUUAUAUAGUAGAGAGUUGUUACUCAGUAUCUUGUUAACUAUUUUGGGACAUGUUCCAGGGGUUCUUUUCUCAAUAUACUACGUGGUAGUUGAGUAUCCUAGAAAGAAUGGGUUUUAUUGUUGUUCUCAGGGUUAUAUUAGAAUUGAAGACCAUGAAAAUGAAGAUCCUGAGAGUAGACCAAUGGAAUCAGAAUCAACCCAUAAUGAAGAACCAAAUUAUACUAAUCCAGAAGCACAAGUACAAGAAGAAACAACUCAUCAAGGUAGCAGUCAAAACAUCCAUUCUGAACCUCCAAGUUAUGAUGAAAUCGCCAAUAACAAUCCAUUCAAAUCGGAUCUCAAACGGGAUAAUAAAGUUCAGUUUUAA